GGCGCGGCGCGGCGCGGCGCGGCGCGGCCGGGCGCUUCCCUUUGUGUGCGCGGGCGGAGCGCGCAGCGCUGCCCGGGGCCCGGCGCUCGGCGCGGGAGCGCCCCCCUCUCGGGGAGCCCCGGAGCCGGGCCCGGCGCGCCAAGGGUCCCCUCCCAGCCACAUGCCUCCGCCCCGCGCCGCCGGCAGCCCUGCGCCCAGCCCCUCGCCCCUGCGCCGCCGGAGCCGGCGCGCCGACAGCAUGAUCCCCGCCGCCGCCGCCGGGCCGCGGCCGGAGGGCAGGUACCCGCUGCACCGCCUGGUCUGGCACAACCGAGCCCGCGAGCUGGACCGCGAGCUCAGCACCCAGCAGGUGGACAUUGAGCAGCUGGACCCGCGGGGCCGCACACCCCUGCACCUCGCCACCACACUGGGCCACCUGGACUGCGCCAGGGUCCUGCUCCAGCACGGAGCUGAUGUGGGCAAGGAGAACCGCAGCGGCUGGACAGUGCUCCAAGAGGCAGUGAGCACCCGCGACCUGGAGCUGGUGCAGCUGGUCCUGCGGUACCGUGACUAUCAGCGAGCCGUCAAGCGCCUGGCCGGGAUCCCCAUCUUGCUGGAGAAGCUACGCAAGGCCCAGGAUUUCUACGUGGAGAUGAAAUGGGAAUUCACCAGCUGGGUGCCCUUGGUCUCCAAGAUCUGCCCCAGCGACACCUACAAGGUGUGGAAGAGCGGCCAGAACCUGCGUGUGGACACGACGCUGCUUGGCUUUGACCACAUGACCUGGCAGCGGGGAAACCGCAGCUUCGUCUUCCGGGGACAAGACACCAGCGCGGUGGUGCUGGAGAUUGACCACGACCGGCAGGUGGUGUACUCCGAGACGCUGGCGCUGGCCAGCCACGACCGCGAGGGCCUGCUGGCUGCCGUGCAGCCCACCGAGGAGCAGGUGAUGGGCCGGCUCACCGCGCCCGUUGUCACCACACAGCUCGACACCAAGAACAUCGCCUUCGAGAGGAACAAGACGGGGCUUCUGGGCUGGCGGAGCGAGAAGACAGAGGUGGUGAACGGGUAUGAGGCCAAGGUUUACGGCGCGUCCAACGUGGAGCUGAUCACACGGACGCGGACCGAGCACCUCUCCGACCAGCACAAGGGCAAGAGCAAAGGCAGCAAGACCCCGCUGCAGUCCUUCCUGGGGAUCGCCGAGCAGCAUGUGGGGCCCAGCAAUGGGACGCUGAUCACGCAGACCCGGAGCCACACCAACCCCACAGCCAUCACCCCCGAGGAGUACUUUGACCCCAGCUUCGAGCUAGGCAGCAGAGACAUGGGACGCCCCAUGGAGCUCACCACCAAGAUGCAGAAGUUCAAGGCCAAGCUGUGGCUGUGUGAGGAUCACCCGCUGUCCCUGUGCGAGCAGGUGGGGCCGAUCAUCGACCUCAUGGCCAUAAGCAACGCGCUGUUCGCCAAGCUCCGGGAUUUCAUCACGCUCCGCCUGCCGCCUGGUUUCCCCGUCAAGAUAGAAAUCCCCAUCUUCCACAUCCUCAACGCCCGCAUCACCUUCGGGAACCUCAACGGCUGCGACGAGCCCAUCAGCUCCGUGCGCCGCAGCUCCGGCAGCGAGGCGCCCUCGCCCAGCAGCGACUCCUCCAGCGUCAGCAGCUCCAGCUCCUUGGCCUCUUGCCGGGCCUGUGAGAUGGACCCGUCCCUGUUCGAGGCCCCGCCCGGGUACAGCGUGCUGGGCAGCCAGAGGGACACCAUGCGCGAGGAGGACGACGACCUGCUGCAGUUCGCCAUCCAACAGAGCCUGCUGGAGGCGGGCACCGAGUACGACCAGGUGACCAUCUGGGAAGCUUUGACCAACAGCAAGCCGGGCACACACCCCAUGUCCCAGGAGGGCCGGCGAGGAGACAGGUUGGACACCCCAGCAUACGCCUCCCCCCCGGCAGGCCGGCCCCCAGCAGCAGGGCCAGGGCAGUGGUGGGCCCAGCCCCCUGUUCCGCAGCUACGACGAGCAGCUGCGCCUGGCCAUGGAGCUGUCGGCACGGGAGCAGGCAGAGGCAGAGCGGCGCACACGGCAGGAGGAGGAGGAGCUGCGGCGCAUCCUGCAGCUCUCGCUGACCGAGCAGUAGCCCAGCGCCUGCGACGGGCCCUGCAGCUGUUGCCCAGCUUGCGCUGAGCCGGGGCCCUGCACGUGGCCGGGGUGGGCGUUCCUGGAGCCGCGGCGGGGUGACAGCGGUGCCCAUGUGAGCAGAGAGGUGCUAGCGCUGGCCCGCUGCAGAUGCCAUCGCAUGGAGCCAUUCAGAGACCAUGCCAAGAGCACUGCCAGCGAGCACAGGGGCUGCCCCGCCAGGGGGCACAGGGGCUGCCCCGCCAGGAGGAGACUCUGCUGUGUCAGAGGGAGGUGGGAGCCCUGGUGGCGCCGCUUACGCUGCCCUGCACCCCAGAGGGAGUGGGCUGACUCCCCGUGCCCCCUGGACUCCUCGUUAACCCUCGCCUGCCCUGGGCAGCCCCCGUGACCCAGGCCCGGCCAGUGAGGGGCAGAGAUUGCGGGCCCAGGGGGGAGUUUACAGAAUGGGGAGUGGGCACUGCACCCAUAACCCUGUGGGGGAGGACAGGACAGGGCUGCAGUGGCAGGUGACCUGCUGCGAGGCAGGGGGCACCCCGAGGCCCAUUACUCACGCCCCAGUCCCAGGGGGUGGGUACUCACCAGCUACAGCCAGAUGUAGGGGCUGGCAGAGCAGGGGGUGGAGAGCCCAGGGCUGGGCUAGCAAGAGGUUGUGGGUCAGGAGUGAGGGGCACCAGCAGAGCUGGAGGGCAGGGGGACAGCAGGGACCUGUGGGUCAGGAAGGAAGGGUGCUAGCUAAGCGGUGUGGGGCCCAGAGGCAGGGCUGGAUGGGGUGAGCUGCGCAGGGAAGCAGGAACGCUGCUGCAUGGUGAUACCAGGAGCCGCUCCCCCCUACCUCAUGCUGCCUGGACUGGGCCCCUUAUCCUGCCCCUCCCCUCCCCUGGCAGCUGGGCCUGCCUGAGCCUCCCGCCCCCUGUGACCCACAGCAAGGGCAUGGCCCAGCUGCACACACCCUCCCCCCCCACUAUGGGCUCACAGAGGCCCCCAAGUCUUCAGUGACCCAGGGACACUGCCCACCUCCCCCAGGCCUGCUGCCCAGAGCCCCUCCCCCACUGCACGGCUGCAUGUGGCUCUGGCACUGCCAGCGGCCGGCCCUGACACAUUCACUCCCAUGGGGGGCAGGGGGGACAUGCCAUGUGUGAGGCUGCUGGUGCCAGGCCCUGCCUUCCUGCCUCGCCCCAGGGCUGCCCCCAGGAGCUGGGCCGGGGAACGAGCAGUGCCAGCUCUGCCUGCUGGACCAUGGCAGUGCCGAGAUGGGGGAGGUUAGCUCCCAGGGAGCCUCUAGGGAGGUGGGCACAGGGCAGGUAACCUCUGCCCUCCAUGCUGAACCCGCUCCGGCUAUAGGCACCAGCCCCGCCUACUGCCCUCUCAGCACGCGCCAGUCCCAGGGCUCCGUGGCACCGAUACAGCAUCAAGUGCACUUAGCCAGGAGCCAGGCCAAGCCUGUGGGCUGCCAGCUGCUUUGCCACUAACCACGGAGCCCCACCGGCCUGGCCCUGCCAGCGGCCACCCGCCCCACCAGGGAGCAGCCCACACCAGGGCCGUGCCCAGAGAUUGCGCCCUCCCCAGCCCGGUAGGGGUGCUGCCCAGGCAGGCCUUUGCCAGCACACUUAGGGUGGGCACUUACCAAAACCUGCUGGGGGGGAGGGGGCAGGGCAGGUGCUGCAGCCCAUGCCCAGGGGCCAUUCCCCAGAGGAAGCACUGCCCACCCCGACAGCCCAGCCCUGGGGCAGCCCUCACACCAGGAUUGGGGUGCCCAGCUGGAGCUGACUCCUGAACUAUGGGGAGUGGGGGCAGGUUUCUCUGCCGGGGCAGCACCCGCACCCCAGGCCGGGGGUGCCUGCCAACACCAUCAUUAGGAUGGGGAGCCCCCUCCCCACUUUCCCUGGGACAGCCCAGCAUGGCGUGACUGCCCCCUGCUGGCCCUCCAGCUCUCAAGUGAGCCCACUGAGGGGGGUGGGGUUAGGGGGGGAGUCAGGAGCACCCCCUGAGCCAGCCAUAAGUUCCUGCUGCCAGGCCCUCCCAGCCCACACGCUGCAGCCCCAUGGCCUGGGCAGAGGGGUUCCCUAGUGCCCCCCCCCACAGCCCACACUCCUCACACAGGGUCCAAAACCCCAGAGAAACCUUACGUCAAAUGGUGCUAAGUCCCCGUGUCCCCCCGCCCCCGAGAACACAGCAGCCCUGUGCUGAGAUGGGGCCCAGGCCCGCCCUGCGCCAGGCUGGGGGCACAGGCCUUCGCUCGGUUUGCACAGAGGACAGGCCUUCUGGCAGGCCAGCGCAGGGGCAUGGCCCCAUGUACCCUCCAUCACUGCCCAGCGAGGAGCCACCACACUGAAACCGGGGCAGCAGCGGGCGCUUGGCUCCCUCCCGAAGCUGUGACAGGGUAGGGACCUUUUCUUAGUCGCCCACGGCACCUCCCCACAACUGUACAGCAAGGGCUGGGGCACGUGGCCACGGCCUGGUGGGUGGGCCUGGCCCACAGGCUGCGAUCACGGUGGAUGCCAAUAAAAGUCUUUAACAUUUG